CUCCAUGUGGAUGUUGCAAACUGUCAACAUUGCGUAUUGCAGAGAGGAAUAGAAGCCUCAUCAACUCUUUUGAUUUUUACUCGUCAGUUUUUUUGGAAAGCUUUACACUGCUCAAAAAUGAAGGUUGUCGGAUCUACCUGCGCCCUGAAGAGCAAAGUCGGCGGUGAGGAUGUGGUGCGGUGCCUCUCCGAUCAGAGCCUGACCAUCUCCAAGUGCAAGAUCCCGCUGCUGGACGAGCACAUGAGCGUCUUCCUGCAGGACAUGAACAGCUGCUACAGCAAGCUGAAGGAACUGGUGCCCACGCUGCCCACCAACAAGAAGGCCAGCAAAGUGGAGAUCCUGCAGCACGUCAUCGAUUACAUCUGGGACCUGCAAGUCGAGCUGGACGAGCCGGAGAAAAGUCACCAGCAGUCCGCCGGCAGCGUCCCACGCACGCCGCUGACCACCCUGAACGCGGAGCUCGCAGGCAUCACAGUAGAGAACGGAUGCUCGGACGACAGGAUCAUGUGCCGUUAAGAGGACCCGGAGCAUCGCUUGAUCAGCCCCCCUCAGAGCGGGCACCGCCGUCCGCGAACAAGGCCUCCUGAUACGAGGGUCCUCUGGACCGCAUCAACAACCUUGAACUGUGUAGUUUGACACUCUCAGCGCAAGAGACAUUAAAAAAUGACACCUCCCUCCACGCGAGGGGAGCCUGUCACUCGUGGCUCUCGAUUCAUCAGAGGGUCCCGAGAGGAGAGUGGUGGUGUCACAUAGACCGGGUUAGCCGCGCGCGGGACCAUGACAGAUAAGCGCAACCGGCAUCGCCUGUUGCUUGUAGAGUUUAUAAAGAAAACUUAUGUUACGCUCUUGUAUCUUGUGUAAACCAUAUAGAAAAUUCCACAAUUGUUUUUGUACAUUUCUCAGAUUCCUGAGCGACAAACUGUAUUGUAUAUUACAAUGACACAUUAUGUGAAGAUAUUGUUUUCUUACAAUGUUCCUUAUUGGUGUUUUUAUUAAAACAAGAUGACUAUUUUUGAAGA